UCGGAUCACGCUGACACGCUGCUUCCUUCGUGCAGUAUGGCUUGCUCGAUUCCGGUUGCGCUCGUUGUUACCACGUUUGUGCGGCAGGCUCUCCGUUCGCCCGUGGAUAUAACAUACGGCUAAUAAUCACAGCCGCGACCAUGGACGAAGAAUGGGAUGUGGACAACGUCGAGGGGAAAUUCGACCUCGCGAUGAGAUCGAAUAAGUGGGAGGGCGAGGACGAGGAAGAGGAAGUCAAGGACAGCUGGGAAGAUGUGGAAGAAGAGAAGAAAGAUGUAGAGAAACCAGCAGAGGUCCCAAAAGCAAAGCCCAAACCUAAGAAAGCCUUAGCUGAAAGAAUCGAGGAACGUGAGAAAAAGGCAAGGGAGGAGGCUGAAAGGAAAGCGAAAGAAAAGGAGGAGGCGCUUACACCAGAAGAAAGGCGAGCUGAUUUAUUAAGGCGUCAGAGGUUGCAAGAAGAGGCAGACCUACGGCUGGCGAUGGAAACUUUUGGUGUUUCAUCAGAAUCGCCAAGCGAAUCACUUGAUACUAUGGUGCCCGAUACAAAGGAGGAAUUCGAACGAUUUGGCACAGCACUCUCAGAAAAAAUUAAUCAAUUUAACAAACAUGCGGAAUUUCCAGUAUUUGCAGAAGAACUUAUAAAAUCCAUUGCUCUUAAUUUAUCGUCAAGUUACUUGAAAAAAGUGAAAGUUGUAGUUGACAAUUUACUUAUUGAGAAACAGAAGAUGGAGAAGACGAAGAAGAGUAAGGGAAAAGGGAAGGCCAAGCUCAAAAUUGAAGGUGACAACACCUUGUUAAGUGAAUACGGUGAUUAUGUAUAUGACGAGUAUGACGAUUUUAUGUAGCGACUUUUCACACAUUCAUACAUUCUAGUCGCCUAAAUACACGCAGAACAAAUAUUAAUUUGCAGAAUUUAUACAGAAACUUUAUAUUUGUAAUUUUCUGCGUAUUGAAUUGUAACCAAAAUGUACAACAGUUUAAUCUGCUGUAAUGCAUGAUAUUGUUCAUACACCUAACAAGAUGAGAAACACAGAAAAGAAAAACGAAAGCUAGCAGUAUAAUAAUUAUCGGUCGAAAUACUUUAAAAAAAAGAACACUCCGAUAACUUUGUGAUGAUGUCACACAUUCAUUCAUGCAGUUACAACAAUUAGGAGUUCUACGACUUACUGUUGAGUUUUGUCGGAUUUUUAUCUGGCAUCUGUGUCGUUAUCAGAUUUUCAAUUCUGAUGUUGAUAUCAAUAACUAUUUUAGCUUUGAAAACAUUGCGGGAUAUAUUGCGAGAUCUAUGAUUCUAACUUUUCGAUUAUGCAUAUAUUAACACAGCAAAGGGGCAGCAAAGGAUACAUUUAUGUCAUUUUGAAUUGUAACCAUAUCUCACCCUGUUAAAAAGGAAGAAACUACUCUCCCUGACUUUAUAUAGCUGCGCCACUUGCAGACUAAAUCGUGUAAUUAUAUUGUGGAAAUUUUAUAUAACACAGCUUAUAUAUUCAUAAUACAUACACACACACACAUACUUUUAUUGAAGAUCAAUUAGAAGUUGGUUUUGAAGAGAGUAUAUUCCUAAAUAAAGGUUGAUUAUAAAUUA